AUAAUUACACAUAGUGUUACUCAUGAAAGAAGUCCUAUUUUAUGAAAUAUCUUGAAAUCUAUUGCUUGCUUUUUGAAUUAUUCUUGAGUUUGAUUCAACCGUCUCCAGUUUAAUUGCCUUAAUUAGUGGCGUGAAUAUAAAGAAGUGUGAGAUCGUUGAACCUCGCACAUGUCAAGUUCAUAGAUUUUCUAUUUCUUUUUAUAGUUUCAGAAAUCAAAAUUUCUCAAGAUUCAAGAUUAUAAAAAUAAAUACGGCUUUACAGUGUGUUGCCUAUUUGCGGCGUACAGUCAGAGUUUUGACCCCGUUUUGAUUUCGACGUUAGUAGCGGUCUGGUGCCGUUAGAUCGCAGUAAAAAGGCUAAUAUUCUUUGUGAAAAUCUACUUGUGAACGUAGUUUCUCUUCGACUGGGAGAAUAAUAGAACGUGAACCUAGCGAAAUUUGAAGAUAUUUUGGAAAGGUGGAUAUAUCGAUUUAACUGGAAAGGCUUGGCCCGGCGAAUAUUACGGAGUAUUCAUGUUUUAUGUAGGAAUCCUACGUGUUUUCUAUUGGCUCACUGAGUCAUAAAAAAUAUAGGGACAGUUUUUAGACGGAAUUUUCCAUAUGACUGAACAAACUCGAAUCCAAAUUUUGAGAAAUUGAUUAUGUGAACGCUGCAAUUGUGAUGUGACGUACUUCGGGCAGUUUUUGUGCAUUAUGAGAGUGUUAUUGUUCGAAAAACUUGUGUUUACGUGCGAAGAAAUUUGUGCAUAACCAGAAAAUUGAGCGAAUAUACUUUGUGUAGGCAUUCCUCAAGUUUCAAUUGCAACAGAAUUCCUGUUACGUCGUGAGACUGUGCUGACUGUUUUCAAUUUCCCGAACAUAACCAUUUAAAUAUCUCAUAAUGUUGCCACAACAAUAUUGUCUAAGAUGGAGAUAUCACCAUUCCAAUCUGCAAACAAUGUUUUCCCAGCUUCUGGAAAAGGAGUCUUUUUGUGAUGUUACACUGGCAUGUGAAGGAAAGACAAUCAAAGCCCACAAAAUAGUAUUGUCAGCCUGCAGUACGUAUUUUGAAACUAUUCUCUCACAGUAUGAAGAAAAGGACCCCAUUCUGAUCAUGAGAGACGUCAAAUUCGUGGAUAUCAAAUGUUUGGUGGAGUUUAUGUAUAAAGGAGAGAUAAAUGUUGAGCAUUGUCAUUUGGCCACAUUACUAAAAACAGCUGAGGAAUUGAGGAUAAAAGGAUUGGCGGAAGUGUCGUGGAAAGAUGAAGAGGCACCGCCCACAUCCAAAGAAACAUCGGACUCAAAUGGCAUUCAACAAGCGGCCUUGCCGCAAGUUGCCACCGUCAUGGAGGACAAUCCCGAAAUGCCCAGCGUGAGGAAGCGGAGGGGAAGACCGCCACUGGAUGACUACGAAACUGGUUAUAGUACGCCGCCCAAAAUGUCUCACAUUGAUGACGGAUAUUCCAACGAUGCCAUGUCAACCAGCGAACACGACGGUUCGAUUUGGGAGGGCGAACAAGUCACCGAAACAUCUAUGCCUGUGAUUGAAGAACCUCGCAUCAAAGUGAAAAAGGAACUCCAGCAGCCCCAAGAAUCGAACGACUCCUUCCUCGACAUGCAAACGAACGCCAACGAUUCCAGGCAAGAAAUUAAACAGGAGAUGUCUCAGAAGAAGUGCAAUUCGAAUUCCAACGUAACGACGUCGAGCGGUCAGUCUUUUUUGACGCCUGCUCUGGAGAAAGAAUGGUCUGAUGUGGUUAAGAUGAACGAUUACCUGAGCACCAGGAGAAGACAGCAAUUCUGGGAGGAGCCAUUCACUAAAAGGGUUAUGGACGCAAUAAAGACCAAGAAUCUGGAAAUGAAGGUCGCAGCCGAAUUACUCGGAGUGUCUUACGGAACGCUAUACGGAAGGUAUAGGGAUUCGUACGGCUGCCUUAAACACCCUUAUAGAGUCAGAGAUUUUUGGACUGAACCUGCACCAAGUGAAAUUAUCCACAAACUGAAGAAGAAGGAGUUGACGUUAUUUAGGGCCGCGGAGCAGCUGAAUGUUACACCACAGACACUUUCCAAUUUCCUCAUUACUUCCGCCCAGUCAGAAGGUAUUCAACACAUGGGUUUUCAAAUGAUGACCGAGGGCGAAGAAUUGGAAAUGGAUGAAGACGAGGCUGAUUCCAUUCUGCCCGAUUUGCCCAACAAUGCCUUUCAGCAACUGGUAAAUUACAGUGCAACAAAUAAUUCGUCAUCUUCAAAUAACUCCGUAUUAGCCAAUUGUCCAGACAUUACUAUUGUUAAAAAGGAGAAGCCUGAAGACGGUAAGAUGAACAAUAACUCAGAUCAUUCCGAAAGCAACGAUCAAAUAAAGUAAUAAGGAAGGUGAGGAAAUGAGCGUCGGAACGCCUGUAAUUAUUCCAUUUAAAGUAUUUAUAAAGACCAAAGUAAUUUUUAUACCUUUACUUCAGCUCGAUUAUGUUCGUUUUGAGCAUGGUGUCCUGAAAGAUAUUCGGUAAUAACUAUCUACUACUAAAUAUUUAACGAAGAAUACUAACAGUACGGAAUGUUAAAACCUGAAAUUAAGAACAUGAAAUAAGAUCCUUCAUUUGUCUCAUUUAAAUUUAGAUUUGAGAUUGGAAGAUUUCAUAAAUGUGGUAUUUGAAGCACACUUGAGAUGCACUCAAAAUUUCGAUUUCCAAGAAGCAGGAACUAUACUGAUCAUAUAUGUGUACCUCUUAUGUAUAUUCAGUUUUCGUUUUAAUUUUUUGGAGAUAUAUUUUGUGCUCUUAUUUGUUUUGAACCCGACAAAAUAUUUUUAUUUUGAUUCUUUGAACAUACCAACAGUCAAACAUCAAACCGAGCAGUUAGUAUUUUGUUAUAUUCAAAAGUUUUGAUAAAUUUUGGUUAUUGAAGCAUAGUUAAGAUGCAAUUGAAAUUUCAAUUCCCAAGAAGCAGGUAAAUUGUCCCUUCAACUUCUAAAUAACGCUUGAGGUGAUCAUAACAAUCAAACAAAUACACUUAUUAUAUGUGUGUAUCUCUUACGUUUAUUCAUUUUUGUUUUAAUUCGUCAAGAUUUAUUUUGUGUUCGUAUUUGUUUUGAACCCAAGAAGAUAUUUUUAUUUUGAUUCCCUGAACAUGCCGACAAUCAAACAUCUAACUGAGCAGUUCAAUUCUGACACUGCUCAGUUUGUAUUUUGUUAUAUUCGAAAUUUUUCCAACACUUUGCCAAUGUAACCACAUCAGGAGUUAACAGAAACCGGAAAAUAAUUGUCUGAACCUUACUAUUCUUCAACAGACCUGAAAUGACGAAUAACUUAUUGAGUGACUAAAUUUUAUGUGAAUAGGGUUUUUCUUGUGCCCUUCGAUUGGGGGUGAGCUGAACGAGUUGACUGACGAGAUUAGUGAUGUGUAAGCGCAUUCUGGAAUUUUAAAGGAUUGUUAAUGUGUGGAAUUAUUAAUUCUGAAGGGAAUGAUGAAGAUUCCGUUAUGGGUAGCAAAGAAGUGGAUAUAACUGUAUAGAUUUUCUAUGAAAUCGAUUAUAGCAGAGAAAGAGGAUAGAUUAAACGAUACCCGGAUAAAAGUGUACUCUGUAGAAAGAGACAAAGCUAUGAGGCGGCCAAUACUUCUCUUUUCUCUGGACAUUGGACGUGAGUGUGGACCAAUCGAAAUUCUAGAAAGAGACAACUACUGGCCGCACGUUCGGUUGUCACUUUUAUUACAUUUUUCUGCCAUACUUACUGUACUGAAUAGGGAAUGCUCAGUCCAUUCUCUAUUUCUAUGAUCAGAAAAGCAGGGCCAGUAUUCUGGAUUAGUGUCGCCGCAUGCUACCAUAGAAAUCAUAAUAUAUGUCGCAAUCUGACACUAUAAUCUGUCUAAAAUGACGAAUAUUUUCUUAAACGGAUUAAAUCUUGGAACAUAGAUACAAGGAAUGGAAAAACAUUUGUUAUUGUCCAAAUACUGGAGUGAGA